UCUCACGAAGUUGCUAGUAUCAUCAGGCUGGACUUGAACUUGCUGCCUUCCUGCCCAUGCCUCCCAGGCGCUGGACUUAGAGGACUGUGCCACCACGCCCAGCUUAGUAUUUUAGUAUUCUUGUAUAAUAACCAUAGCUACCCAGCCCAUCACUUGGCCAUCAUCAUGUUAUUUAAAUUUUGCGCAGCAGCUAUUACUAGCCAGGGUUGUAUCAUUCAUGAUUUUGGUAUUGUUGCUUGUCUGUCUUCCUGGGAGUCCUCACCUGUCUUGUUCACUGUGGACCCACCUGCAUACAGCAGGUGCUCAAGAAGUGUUUGCUGAAUGAAUGAAUGGAUGAAUGAAUGUGCUAUGAAAUGGGGAGAAACUGGAGUUCUACACCAGGUCCCUGUUGAUUCUCUUUUCCUCUGAACUAUGCUCUCUUCCUCACCACUUCCUGUUGCUUAACUCACCAGAGAAAUUAGAUUUUGUUUGUUUGAUGGAUGAAGUUUGAUGUAUAUAGUUUGAUGGCCUUGAGCUCACUAUGUAGCCCAGCCUGGCCUCGAAAUUCUGGUGAUCCUCCUGCCUCAGCCUCCCAGGGGCUGGGAUUACAGGGAUGUGCCACCACACCAGGCUAGGAAUUUGGACCUGACAUGGGCAGGACCUGACUCAGACUCUGUCUCCACAUGGGAGGAACAUGAACCCCUCCUUGCUCAGCCAGUGACACCAGUUGCUGACAAUGCAGAGCCAGAGGGCAGGAAACUCAGGGUCCACAAACAGCAGAGGACGUGGACCUGGACUGCUUCUUCCUCCGGGGUUCACUGGUUUUUCCCGACUCUCUCAGCCCUGCCCUCCCAAGUUCUCAUUUUAUAGCUCUUUGAGGAAUUCAUAUGAAUUCCCCAACCUUCACUACAUGAAAGCACUGGUUAUAAAACCCCAGCCUUGACUACCGCUCUGUGGUUAAAUAUUGAUAACAGUUAAGACAUAGAGGCACAGGGUGGACACUCGACAGUGAUGGUAACUUCAGGUCUUAGAGGUCAGGCGGAGCCUGUCUGCCACCUGAGGCCACCCACUCAAGAGGUCAGUCACCUGCAGUGGCAGAGAAGGCGGCAGGCCGGGGCGUGUGCUGAGGGCAGAGCUACUCUAUGGGCUCAGCCGCCCAGACUCCACGGGCGCUGCCUCCCCGGCUGCAGCUGCACUCUCCUGGGGAGAGCUCAGGAGCAAAGACCUUCGUGCUGUGCUCCAGUGAGGACAAGGGGGAGAACGGCGGAAAUCAGCGCUGUAUCUGAGAGCAGCUCGAGGCCCACAGCGCAGGAUCCGGGAUCUUCAGCACCCGUCCGCUGAGGGCACCUAGGCACCAAGGUGCCAGCACCUGGGAGGCCAGGAAAGCAGCUGGGCCUCAGGAGACCUAAGGUAUCAGAGCCAUGAAUCAGAGCGAGGAGGCCAUCGGAGACCCGCCAGGCACCAUGGUGCCCCAGGAGCUGCUGGAGGAAAUGAUUUGGUUUUUCCGUGUAGAAGAUGCGUCUGCGUGGAAUUACUCCAUCCUUGUGCUGACGGCCGUGGUGGUCGCCUUGAGCUUGUUCCUCCUGGUCAGAAGCAUCCAGGCCAACAGAAACCGAAAGCUGCAGCCGGGAGAAGAGGAAACACCUGAACUCGUGCAUCUGAAUGAGGCCAGAACCGGAGGCAACAGCAGCCUGAACAACCUAGAAGAGAUGCUGCUCACAGAAAAGCCAGCCCUGGCCCUGCUGGGGACUGAAUUAAAACAGCAAGAUGACCCAGUAGUUCUGCUUCCGAUCCCAUCGAAAACUGAGAGCUAGAGCAGGCGUCACCCAGGCCAGGCACGGCUCGGGACGGGGCGCACCUGCAGCCAGAGGUCGGGCUCGCCUCCCGAAGCAGCCUGUUUUUUAUCAGCAGAUACAAUGAAUGAACUGCGAUAAAACAAAGCUUCCAUUAUUUAAAAAAAUCUUUUAUUAAAAUGCUUCUGGAGGUGG